AUAAAAGUUUUACUCUCAUAUUACACUUGCUAUCUCGAAUUUUACAAUUUUACACACAUGAAAAGAAAAAAGUAACUAAAAUUUGCCAGAUAGUAACCAGAGUACCAGAUAUCGCUAUCGCAUCCAAACUACUCGAACAUUACAAUUUUUUCUGUCGCGGCCAAAGAAUUCAAAAUUCAUUUCACAGUUGUUCGUUAUUUCCCAAAGAGAAGUAUGGAGUUUAACAGAAGAGAAGGCAAAUGCAAAAAGAUGUUCAAAUCGUUGCCAUUUAAUUAUUUGCAUACCGACAACGAAAGCGAAUCCUCACUAAAUCCAAAUGCCAUGGAGUUUGUGCCGUCGCGCUUCAAGACAAACGAUAAGCCAAUGGGCAUGGGGUAUGGCAAUGGGAACGUCAUGAAGACCGAGGCCACGUCGACGACCACACUACGCCAGCGCGAACUUGUUGGCGAUGCGGAUCACUUGCAUGCGCAGCGCCAGCUCUUCGAGCUGCUACAUCAGCUGGGCGACAAGCAAAUGCCCUUGAAGGCCAUCCGCAUGAGCCUCUCACCCGAUGGCCAGGGCAUCAAUGUGCAGUUCAAGGCCGAGCACAAUGAGCCCGGUCGCAAGCUGCUCGACGAGAGUCUCUGCCAGGUGGCCGCCCUCAAUCUGGAGCUGAACGACCGCUCAUUUAUGCCGACACGUUUGCCCAAUGUGCUGGCGGCCAAUUUUAUGCUGCGCAUAUCGGAUGUGCUCAACGAGAAGAUCGAUCCCUCGAGCGCCAACUGUUGCACCGACAGCUCCACCUCGGAGACGGUGGAGCCCAAGACCAUGACGGUCUCCUCCAACUUUAGCUCGAGCACAUCCCUUAAAGCCGCCAACACAACAGCUCUUGGUGCUGGCGGCGGACUGUCGGACAAGUCGUCACUGCCGCGUGCCCAGAGUCCGCAGCAUCAGCAGCAGCCAUGCAGCAUUAGUUUGCCCAAGCAGCAGCAGCUACAGCCGACCCGUGUCCCCAACGAUCUGAGCAACUGGAGCAGCAAACUGAACACCAAUGCCUGGUCCAAGGUCCAUCCCCGAGCUAGGGUAGUUAGUCCAGACUCCCAACACAAGUAUGAUACAAAUUCAAUGAAAGCCAAGCCAUGCAUUAAGCGUUCCUCAGCUAAUGCACCACGCAGCACUUUCACCUCACUUAUGCGACAGUCAGAGGUGCAAAGGCGCCUGGGCCUUUCGAAAGUUGAUAAAAAAACAUUUGACAAGUAAUGUUUUUCCAAUUUUUAUAAAGCAUUUGCAGCAAUUGUAAUUGUUUAAAAAUAUUUGCAUCGAAAGAAAAAUAUCUCUCACGUAUUUUAUUCAACUCGUACAAGCGCCGAGUCCUUACACUUAUUAUUAUUAAUUAUGGUAGUAAGUGAUACGAGUAAAUAAUAGUACUGUGUGUGUGUUAAAAUCAAAUUCUAGCAUGCACCACACGAGUUGGUAAUAUGCAAAUAAAAAGUUAUAUCUAUGUAA